UUGUCGUUGUCCAAAUAUUUCCAGACCUAACUAUAUACUUGUGAUGUGAGAUAUCUUCUGACAAUCCCACAUUCUCAUAGUUUAUUACAUGGUCAACCUUAAACUGCCUGCAUCCCCAAAACAGCCAUGUUUGUUUACUGCAAACAGGUCGCCUACUCCCAGUAUAGCACUUGGUGCUCCAGACUUUAUCUACCCAUGACACUUCCACCUCUCAAGCUUUCUCUGAAACAAGCGGUCUGACUGAUGGAGGUCAGCUGGGCUGAAAUUAGCUGAUCACUGGUUUCUAAGAACCCUGUUAUGGGCAGAUACAGCCAUUAAAGGGGGGCGGAGCAGUACCGGUUCUACAGGUUCAAGGCGCCUAUGGAUCUUAUGGCCCUCAUUUACUCUGUCCGUGUUGUGUCCUUAGCAGUCAGUCCAGUGUUUUCCUAGAUUAGAGAAAGCUGACGAAAAACUUUGCUCAGGAAAGACUAGAUGCUGCAGCACUCCUGAAAGACAUUUCCUCCUCUGGAAUUCGCCACAGCAGCCCUCUAACUGUAGUCCAGGUGCCGGCCAUGGCGCUGCGCCCGCGGGCAUCCUCCCAGCCUGGGAAACCCUCCUUCCUCCAGAGCCCCAAGGCAGAGAACGGUCUGCGGCCCCGGGCCGUGACCUCACACUCUGCUUCCGUUCUGGAGGAUGAACUAACCUGCCCUGUUUGCUGCGAGAUCUUCCGGUACCCCGUGGUGCUCAAGUGUAGCCACAGCUUCUGCCGGGCCUGUCUGCAGCAGUUCUGGAACCAGAAGAAGGCGAGGCGUGAGUGCCCGGUGUGUCGUGUGAAGUGCUCCCUGGCGGAGCCCACGGUGAGCCUGGCUCUGAAGAAUGUGUCCGACACCUUCUUGAGGAAGCAGAGGAUCCAGGAUGAGUCGAGCGGGGCGGCGGUCUGGGAGCCCGUCCCGGUGACUGUGGUGGCCAAAUGCCCCAGCCACGCGGAGGUCCUGAAGCUGUUCUGCCAGGACGAUGCCGAGGUGCUGUGCUGUGUGUGUCACACGUCCAGGAGGCACCAGGGCCACAGAGUCAUACCACUGGAGGAAGGGGCCCAGGAACUCAAGGAAGAAAUAAAGAAAGAAUUGAUCCCUCUAAAGAAGAGCCUCCGUGGCCUCUAUGAAGCCAAGCAAAAGUGUGAUGACACAACUGUGCACAUCAAGAACCAGACGCAGCAGACAGAAAAAAGGAUCAGAGAGGAGUUUGAAGAGCUCAGGCAGUUUCUGCACAAGGAGGAGGAAUCCAGGAUAGCUGUCCUACACGAGGAAGAUGAGCAGAAAAGACAUCUAGUGAAGAAGAAUACUGAGGCCAUAACCAGAGAUAUCCUCACCCUCUCUCACGUCAUCAUCGCAAUUGACAAUGAGAUAGAAUCAAGUGAUGCUCUUUUCCUUCAGAACUACAGCACCACCAAGAAAAGAGCUCAGAUACCUCAGAAGAGUCCAGAGAAGAUCUCAGGUGCUCUGAUAAAUGUGGCCAAGCAUCUGGGCUCCCUCAAGUACAAGGUCUGGGAGAAGAUGAUGGGGAUGGUGGAGUACACUCCUGUGACUCUGGACCCCAACACAGCCUACUCCUGGCUCUCUCUGAACAAGCACCUGACCAGUGUGAGCAACAGCGGUCAUGUGCAGGAGCUCCCAGACAACCCCGAGCGUUUCGACCACUUUGUGUUUCUCCUGGGCUCUGAGGGCUUCACGUCUGGCCGCCACGCCUGGGAGGUGGAGGUUGGGGAUAAGGAUGACUGGAUGCUGGGCGUGGUCAAGGAGUCCGUCAACAGGAAGGGCCAGAUCUCAGGUUGCCCCGAGGUCGGCUUCUGGAUGAUCUCCCACAGUGAGGGCAAGUACAUGGCCAUGACCCGGCCACACACCCCACUAAAGCUGCCAGGGAAGAUGGAGAGGGUCCGGGUGCAGCUGGACUAUGACUGUGGGCGGGUAGAUUUCUCCAACCCUGUUAACAUGACGUCCAUCUACACCUUCAACGACUUCUUCAGUGAGAGGAUGUUCCCCUUCUUCUGCCCUGGGGCCAACAUCAACGGCAACAACCCCGGCCCUCUGAAGAUUUGUCCUGUAAAAGUGGCAGUGUGGAACAGCGCCACCUGGUGAUGCGUUCUUACAGCAUCAUUCAAAGACUGUGCUACUUGAACAUUCAGUACACACACACACACGCAUCCGAGUCACAAUACAUAUAAGUCUAGUUAACCUCUUGGCACAGUGUGUUUAAAACAUAUUUAUGAUCUAAUCAGAAGAAAUAAUACUGCGUUCAUCACAUAGCAUGUGCAAGAGGAAUAAAGAUAUUCCAUACAAUCCGAAACAUGUUCCACAGUUUGCCAUUGAAUAAAAUGAAAUGGAAUGCU